AUGGCACAAACCAUUCCAAGACAAGAGGAAAAACCAAUCCGUGGUGGUGAAGCUACCUCAACAACCGGUUCCACUGGAUCAAGUACACCUUUAAAGAAAUCAUCACCAAUUGAAAACUUGUUACAAGUUGUAAAUGCCUCAUAUCCUAGAACUGCAUGGUUUGUUGGAAAUGUUGUUGUUGUUUUCAACACUAUUUUGUAUUUAUUAUCAUACAAAUCUGGUGGUUGGUUAAACUUGACAUGGUAUAAAUUUGUAUUUAUCGGCGCAUUGGACACUUUUGGUAUUGUUUUGUAUGAAAAUUUAUCGAAAUAUAAAACUACAACAGGUUCAUUAUCUUAUGGUUUGUUAUUACAAGAUGAUAAUGUUCAUUACUUGUAUGAUGGAUUAAUUUGGUUGAUUUUACCAAGAAGAACUUUAGCAACUGCACCUUUUUUAUUCUUUUCAAUAUUCCAUGUUUUAAGUUUCAGUGCUACUGAGAUUUUACCAGCUUUGAAUGUUUCAAGUGCUUUAAAUGCAAAAGUUUCAAAUUUUGCUAAAAUCCAUCAUGAACGUUCAAGAAGAUUAGCUGCCAAUUUUGAAUUGUUAUUAUUGAUUCAAUUGAUAUUCAGAGCAUUGUUUUGGAGAAAAGGUUCAUGGAUCUCAUUGAUUUUGUACUCUUUAUUCAUCAAGAUCAAAACUGAAAGAUCAGUCUUUACAAGAAGUACCUUGAAGAACUGGGAAGUUAGAAUUGAUGGAUUGGUUAGUGCUCAAAAUGUCCCACCAGUUGUCAAGGCACAAUGGGGCUCUUUUAAACGUGGAUUGAAGAGCAUUGGCUCGUUCAGUUUGGUCAGAGAAGCUGAGGAAAAGACCAAGUGAACUGAAUAUUCCAUACACCUCUCUUUUUUAUACUAUAUACAGAUCAUUAAUUAAUUGUG